CUGAGCAGCUUUUUGACCUGUGAAAGUGACGAAGGUUUCAAAGGGACUUGUCAGUGCCGCUCUGUGUAAUGGCUGGACUUACUCUGCAGUCUGUUUUCUUGUGAAGAAUCAGGACUCACCAAGCGGAGUGUUUUCCUUUAAGCCAACUAGAUCUCCACUCUGCUUACUUGCAUUGCUAGACUGACCAGUGGUGGAGCAUCCACAGGAUUUCUCCCCAGUGCACGAAGGCUUUAUUUUCAAGGCAAGUGAGAUUGCUUCAAAUAAAAUAACUUUGAGCUUCCAAGAAACAGUUAAGAGAAGGCAGAGACAAGCAGAAACACUUCUUUGCUGACACUCACACGGUUGCCAUGGACCUACAAAAGCAGUGGGAGAACACAGAGACUAACUGGCACAAGGAAAAGAUGGAACUACUGGACCAGUUUGACAAUGAAAGAAAGGAAUGGGAAAGUCAAUGGAAGAUCAUGCAAAAGAAGAUAGAAGAGCUUUGUCAGGAAGUAAAGCUUCGGAGGAAGAUCAAUAUGAGUGAACGUACUAAGAUCAUGGGUCUUGAUCAUGAGGAGGCCAUUCAGGACAAAAUGGUGGAAUCUUCUCCAAAUUACCCCAAUUCAGGACAAUGUGAAUUUACUGGGAUGAAUCACAGGGACAGUUUGAAAAAAGAAAAUAAAACAGAGCAGAGCUUACUUGACAAAGGAAAUCAAGUGUGUAAGGAACAAAAAGUAACAAAAAAAUCGAAAGUAGGAUUUCUAGAUCCUUUGGCAAGAGACAGUCAGAAGGAAUGUGAGGCCUGGCCUGACCUGAGGACUUCUGAGGAGAAGACCAGGAGCUGUUCUGGCGCCCUCAACACGGCACUUGAAGAACUUGCCAAAGUCAGUGAAGAGUUAUGCAGCUUUCAAGAAGAAAUUCGACAGCGGUCUAACCACAGAAGGAAGAAGUCCGAUUCCUUUCUCCAGGAAAUGCCAAAUGUAAUUAAUACACCUCAUGGAAACCACAUGAUCUACAAUACCCAGUGCAUUCUUCCAGUCAAUUUAGAGAAAGAAAUACAGAAAAAUAGAAAGAAUCUGAGCUGGACCAAUGUGCUCCAAAACAAUCCCAUGAAAAAAUGUGGAACUGAUACAAUCAAUUUUCAAAUAAAUGAAACUCCACCAGUUCCUCCUCCAAGAAGCACCUCUAGAAAUUUUCCCAGCCUAUAUUCUGAAUCAGUCCAUGAAGGGCUUAAGAAAAGUUUAGACCACAACAGCUGGGGAGCCCAUGAGGGACGAGGUGAAAGGAAUUGUGAUCCUCAUUUCCUUGUAAGGCAGAAUGAGAUGCCUGCGUGGUGUCCAAAUGAAGGGGUGACUUUGAAAGACCAUACUGUGUUUUCUUCUUUGGGAUCAGAAGUCAAAAUAGAUUGUAAGCCUCCAUGUCAUGAAGAUGUUGGGCUAGACAUGUGGUCAUGUGAAAUUGAGACAGGUGCAAAAAAGAGCCCCUCCACUUUGUGGUUUCAGAACAACAUCUGCUCUACCCCCAGUAAGCCAAAAUAUGAAAUGGUGAUCCCAGAUCACCCUGCCAAAUCUCAUCCUGAUCUCCAUGUGAGUAAAGACUGUGGCUCCUCAUUGACACACAGCAGUGCUCCACCUAGGAGUUUUAGCUGUGGUUUUGAAAGGACUACAAGGAAUGAAAAGUUGGCAGCAAAGACUGAUGAAUUUAACAGAACUGUAUUUAGAACAGAUAGAAAUUGUCGUGCCAUACAGCAAAUUCAAAACUACUCAAACCCACCUGAGGAUCUUAAGCCCUGUGAUAAUUUAACUUCUUGUACAGGUAACAUAUCAGUAAAUGACAGUAUGUCUGGUGUUUUGAAAACCAGUGCUCACAUGCCUAUGUCCAUGGAAAAUGUGCCUGAUAGUCCCACUAAGAAAUCCACAACAGAUCUACCGAGACAGAUCCAGGAACAUGGAAAUCCUAGCAGUUAUCGGCAUAUGCUCCAUGAGCAUGACUGGAGACCAAGUAAUCUGUCUGGCCGACCAAGGUCAGCUGAUCCCAGGUCAAACUAUGGUGUUGUGGAAAAACUGCUGAAAACUUAUGAGGUGCCAACAGGGUCUACACUGCAAAAUUCUAAAUGCUUCCAGGAUAAUUGGGCUGAAUGCAAUUCUGAUAUCAGCAGUGGGGACGUGUUAAGUCAGCACUUAGAAAUACUCCAAAUGGAACAAGAGUUUCAGCAAAAGACAACUACAUGUGGGGGACACCAAGUGAAGCAAGGAGUAAAUUGGAAAAAGAUAACAGAGGAGUCCAUGGCAGUGAAAGCCGCACAUGGAAAAGGAUUUUCCCGACCUGCUCGACCAGCAAAUCGCCGUCUCCCGUCCAGGUGGGCAUCCAGAUGUCCGUCAGCGCCGCCUGCCUUGCGGAGAGCUACCCACAGCCAUAACAUUUCUCUGCGAUCUGAAGCAUCGAUAGUCUAAGAAGUCUUUGUCCUGGAUUCGUAGAUCACAAAUGCUCUAGUCCUGUUUGCCAAACAGAGCAUUCUGGAGCGUUUACAACCAGUCCUGUUCUUUUCCUUAUCUUACAAGAUCAUUGGGACAAGCAAUUUAAAUCUUAACUUCGCAUCAGUCUUCAGUGUUUUUACUAUAUGGAAUAUUUAUCUCCCUGUAUUUUGAUUUCUUAGAUCAUAAUUUUUAAAUGCCAUCCUCAUUGAUUUUCCAGUAUGAUUUGAGUUGAAACAAUGUAUAAUAUUGUAUAUUCUAACUUUCUUGCAAGUGGCGGAAAGCAAGGUUAUGUGCAUGACCAUGUGUUUGUAGGUGCAUGUGUUGAACUAGGACGUAUUCGAGUAUGUAUUUAGAUAAGAAAAACUUAUGUGCUAGUGUUGACUUUGAAAUUAUAACAUGCAUACCUAUAUAUUCUUUGUGUUUAUUUAAAAGUUCUGAAAAUAUGCUGUACUGUUUAUAUUUUAUAUACCUUUUAAUAGGUAUCCACUUAAGACAUUUAAGGUACAUAUGUUAAUUAACCACUUCCUCGCCCCCAACUAUGUUGAACAUAAGAAUUAUACACAUGUCUAAUAUUGAUAGAUUUCUAAAUGCAACCCAUAAAUAGUUUCUUAAACCAUAUAGGGAAAACAAAUAACAUUAAUCUCCUUGCUGUUCUUUUCAAUAAAAAAGGUCACCAGUUUAACAGAUCAGCCUUCUAAAGCAAGCAUAAAAUGUUCAUAAAUA